UACCAACACCCCAUCAUUCUAAUUACAUUCUUUAAUUACAUUUUAACCUGUUUCUCUAUUAAACAUACAAUAUAUAACAAUAAUGGUUGUUGUUUCUGAUGUCGUGAUUCACAUUCUAUCUAAGCUUUCACCAGAAUCUCUUCUCCGAUUCAACUCAGUUUGCAAAUCCUGGUAUGCUCUUAUCAACGACCCUAAAUUUGUAACUAAACAUCUCUUAGAUUCUUUUCCCCACAAGCAUGUUCUCCUUAAGCGUAUCAUCACCAACAACUCUGGCAAAAAAGAACACGUGUUCUCAAUCCUCGAAUUUUCUCUUGAUCGAUCUGUGUCGUCUGUUUACGACGUCCCUUUACCAUUUCAUGAGAGUCCUCGACCAUGUUUAUCAUAUCCGGUUCUUCCAAAUUUAGACGUUAGAGGUCAUUCUCACGGCUUAAUUUGUCUAAGCGAUCAUAAUCGUGAUAUUUUUCUUUGUAAUCCCAUGACUAGGCAAUUUCGUAAACUUCCUCCAACAAUUCUUGUGGUCCCUGAACCUGAAGGUCCUGUUAAUUUAAGUCUGGGAGUUGUCGGAUUUGGGUACGAUGUGAAGUGUCGGGAUUUCAAAGUGGUUAAACUUGUGGGUAUUUGGAGAGGACUUGUACGAUAUCCUGCAAGAGUGGAAAUUUAUGAUUUGAGAAAAGACAGAUGGAGAGAAAUUAAAACCCUUGCUGACGUUACCUUUUUAGGCGCCCCUUCGUUUGACAUGUAUCACGAAGGAACAUUUUACUGGUUGGGGAUAGAUUUGCCAAGUGACGAAGAAGUUAUACUAACGUUUGACAUGAGCAAAGAAGCUUUUAGAAAAAUUUCAAUCCCAGAGAGUUUUCACUCUCGCUUGGAGGAUUAUACAACUUUAAUGGUUUUGGAUGGAUCUUUACGUAUAUUUUCUUAUCUAGUAUUUAAAAGCAAUGAUAAAGUUUUUGAUAUUUGGGAGACGGAGAUGGAUAGAGUUUCGUGGUCAAAGGUAUUGACGAUUGGCCCUCUUUUUGAAAUUAAAUGUCCAUUGUUCUUUUUAAGCUCUAAUGAACUUUUAAUGGAUUCUGAAGAAAGACAAAUGAUUUUGUACGAUUGUAAAACUGAACAAAUCAAAGAGCUGCAAGUCAGAAGUGAACGAAUGUUUGUAGGCGAUAAUUCAACCCGAUUUGCAGAGUGGUCAAUGGGAUGAGUAACAUUACUACGUGGAUUACAAAACAAAUUGUGUUUUGGUUGAUGGAGUGAUAUCAUCAUUUGAUUCUUUUGUGAACUUGAUUCAUACUGAAAUUCAGGUUGAGUCAUGUAUUGAACUUUCAGUUUUAAUUUGUUGACUAUAGGCGAUAAUGAUGUUCAACAUGUUAUUAAUAUUGUAAACAUACCAUAACAAAACUGUUUUGACAAUACAUAAAGUGUAUCAUGCUUAGUGCAUCAGGUGUAUUUAAUUAAUUGAGUGUAUCAACAGUUUCGCAAGUGUAUCAACAACAUAUCAAGUGUUUCAAACUAAUAAUAUGUAUCAAUAUGAAGUUUAGCA